AUGAAUAUCGGGCUUUUCUGGAUCUUUGUGCUUCUUUCGUUGGCAUACUGGCUGUGUCAUGGAAUUUACCUGAUUGUAUAUCGGCUUUAUUUCCACCCUCUUCGACAUUUCCCAGGUCCCAAGCUAGCUGCUGCUACAUAUUGGUACGAAAUAUGGCAGGACUGGUUUGCGGGUCCAUACCAUGGGCGAAAUAGUUGGAACAUUGAAAAGCUUCAUGAGCAAUAUGGGCCCAUCAUCCGCCGGGCGCCCGACGAACUAGACGUCACAGACCCGGAAUGGUUCGACGUAUUAUUCGCUGGAGGCCGACGAGACAAGUACAAUCGAGAGGCCGUGGAAGGCGGUGAUGCCAGUGGCCUUAUCCAAUUGACUAGAGAUCGGACCAGACAUAAGCACCGCAAGGGAGCACUCACCAGGUUCUUUUCCAAACGGUCGGUAGUGCAACUGGAGCCUUCCAUCAUUGAAAAGGUAGAGUUACUCUCUGCUGGGAUUGAAAAAUGCAUGACUGAGAGGCGCGUGCUUCACGCAACCGAUGCGUUUGGAGCAUUAACCUUGGACGUCAUCACCGAUUAUUGUUUUGGAGAACGUUAUGGGUGUCUUUCAGAUCCCAAUUUUUCCCCUGAGUGGCAAGCAUUCUUCAGAGACAUGUUCUCCAACAGCCCUUUUCUCCGUAGCUGGGGCUGGAUAGUCCGAAAGCGGGAGAAUCUUCCCAAGUGGCUUCUUCGUUACAUCUUUCCAGACGUUGAGCAGCUUUUGAUUAUGAAAGAUACUGUUCGAAGCAAGAUAGAUGCAAUAUUCGAAGAGCGGGAAAAGGCUGGAGUGAAAGAUGGUGGACUUACAAGCUCAACUGGAGAUGUUGAUGUUGAGUGUGUAGAAAAAGAGCGCCGAACCAUUUUUCAUGACAUCCUCGACAGUCGGGUUCUUCCACCAGAGGAUAAGACAAAAUGGAGACUUACCGAAGAGGCGUAUGGCAUGGUGUUUGCCGGCGGAGUGACGACUGGCGUCGCACUUUCUAACCUUGCUUACCACUUGCAUGCCAAUCGAGAAUGGUUGAUCAAGGUCAGAGAGGAGCUUGAUCAGAUCAUGCCUGACCCCAACAAAUUGGCAGGCUCAUCCGAGAUCGAAAGACUUCCUGUUUUCAAGGCAUGUCUCAAAGAAAGCCUCCGGAUCGGCAGCCUGUUUACUGAGAGACUCGCAUUUCAAGAACCAGAUGAGUAUCUUUACUACCAUGACUGGGCAAUCCCGCCGGGAACCCCCGUAAGCAUGAGCAUUUGCACAUUGCACGCGGAUAAGGAAAUCUGGUAUGAGCCGAACGAGUUUCGACCCGAGAGAUGGCUCCAGGGUUCUGGGACAACUAUCCACCUAGAGAAGUACUAUGCCCCAUUCUCCAGAGGCAGCAGGGCCUGCAUUGGUUCAAAGUAG